CGCGACGUAAAGAGAGGAUCCGUGCCGUCACAGGGGGGGAGAGAGAGGAACGGUUACCGGGGAUUUGACAUUUUCCGCAUAAUCUCGGGUUUAUUGAGGAGCCAUGGCGGUGUUUUCUGCGCUUUGGGUGCUCUUACUGUGCCAGCUUUUAUCAUCAUCCUCAGCCCAGAGACCGGGCCCCAGAGGAGCCACCGGGCCACAAGGAUCCCCAGGGCCGGACGGAAAGGAUGGCACCGAUGGCAAAGAUGGACCUGCUGGACUGCCGGGGAAAGCCGGUCCCAAAGGGAAAGCAGGAAUAUCAGGGGAAGCAGGAAAACCAGGCCUGCCAGGACUACCAGGAGUGGACGGUUUGACAGGUCCUGAUGGCCCUGCUGGGAAGGAUGGACCCCAUGGGGAAGCAGGUGACGCUGGACCUGCCGGGCCAACUGGAGCUCCUGGCAGAGGGAGACCAGGCGCUGCAGGACUUCCUGGAACCAACGGGUUGUCAGGCGGAGUCGGACCCUACGGUCCAGCGGGUCCCGAGGGUCUUCCAGGUCUUCCCGGACCAUCUGGUCCUGAUGGACCACCAGGUCUUCCUGGUACUCUUCAGGAUCUUAGCGGGGACCUUCUGUGUCCUGCUAUCUGCCCCUCUGGUCCCUCUGGUCCGUCUGGUAUGCCAGGGUUCAAGGGUCACACAGGGCACAAAGGUGACAAGGGAGAGUUUGGGAAAAAUGGAGAGAAGGGUGACGCUGGACCAUCCGGCCCACCAGGUAUUCCUGGCACCGUGGGUCUGCAGGGUCCACGUGGUCUCAGAGGUUUACAAGGCAUAAUCGGAUCUGUAGGAGGCAGAGGCCUGCCUGGUUUCAGAGGAAAACACGGCAUUGUCGGCGUCAUUGGAAAGACAGGUGACGUCGGAGAAAGCGGACCUCAGGGAUUCAGAGGACCCAAAGGAGGAAUUGGUAAAAUUGGUCCCAAAGGAGGCCCUGGAGGAUCCGGACCCAAAGGAGAGCCUGGUAUUCCUGGCAGAGAUGGCAAAGAUGGUUCUCAAGGAUUAGAUGGCGAGAAGGGUGAUGCUGGUCGCCAUGGGGUUGUUGGAGAAAAAGGACCAAAUGGUGUUCCUGGUCUUCAAGGAAGGGCUGGAACAAAGGGGUCUAAAGGAGGAGUUGGUGACCCAGGGAAAGGCGGUGAGACGGGACCCUCUGGAGAGCCAGGUAUUCCUGGUGACAUCGGCAUCCCAGGAGAGAGGGGGUUAUCAGGAGCCAGAGGAGUGGCUGGAGGAAUUGGACCAGUGGGCAACGCUGGAUCCCAGGGAGUGAAAGGUUUCCAGGGGGUAAGCGGGUCCCUGGGCGAUCCCGGUCUUCCAGGUCCAACUGGAAUCCGUGGACAGUUUGGCGAAAGGGGUCCCGUUGGAGCUUAUGGAGCUAAAGGAGACAUGGGUGUGGCAGGAAGUGACGGUUUACCAGGAGAGAACGGGGAACCUGGUCCUUUCGGCCCAGUUGGACAAAAAGGAGAGUCAGGAAAGCGAGGUGAACUGGGACCUAAGGGCGUGUCUGGUCCUCAAGGAGAGCUCGGAGCAAGAGGGCCUCCAGGGAAGAUAGGACUGAUGGGCUUCCAAGGGGAGCAGGGUCUGCCUGGAAUUGCCGGAAAGACAGGUGUACCCGGUAUACUGGCGAGUGAGCAGCACAUCAGAGAGCUGUGUGGCUUAAUGGUCGAUGACCAGAUUGCUCAGCUGGCGGCUAACCUUCGAAGACCCCUGGCCCCUGGGAUGGUGGGCCGCCCCGGACCUGCAGGACCUAUAGGAGAGCCAGGAGACGCUGGCUCUAUCGGGCAUCCAGGUUCCCGUGGACCCCCAGGGUACAGAGGUCUGCCAGGAGAACUUGGAAACCCAGGAACAAGAGGUACUCUUGGAGAGCAAGGUGAUAAGGGAACACUUGGUAAAGCUAUUGAUGGGCCAACUGGAGACCAAGGAUACCAAGGUGUUCCUGGAGUAGCUGGAAUUGUCAAAGACGGGCGUGAUGGAUCUCCAGGAGAUCCAGGUGAGCCUGGAGAGUCAGGCAGGGUGGGUAGGACUGGGCACCAGGGAACACCUGGAAUCUGUGACACAUCAGCCUGCCAGGGAGCAUCAGUCGCUGGAAAAUCCUCCAACCCCAAAAACCAUUAAACAUCCUGAAACCUGGUGCCUCCACCUCGAGGAGGAAGGGUGAUACGAGAGGGAAGGGAGGAAUGAAGGAAGAGAGUGAUCACAACAAAUGUCCUCUUUAUUAAAAUACCUUUAUCACAAGAUGGGAAGAGUAACAUCAAACAGGUGUGAUAUUUUGAGAGGAGAAGAGGAACAUCCGAGGAGUGAGAUGAAAACCAGAGCAACUGAGAGACAAAAACAUCAAGAUGACAUCCAGAAACGAAGUGGACAGAGGCCAAGAAGAGUCCCAGAGAACAACAGCAAUGCUCCAAAUACUACAGUAUCACAUAACAAGACUUGACAACUGGAAGAGAACGAGUCCUUUUGUGUAUAAAAACUUUGUACAUGCUAUUUCCAUGCCCCCAUUACCUUGGUUAACAUUUUUCUGCAGAUGAUUCUAAAAACAACAGUGACUGGCUCUGAAGUGAAUGUGCAUGUAUCAUUGCCCAUUCAUGUCGAUCACAGGUGUUACCUCAACAUACAAGCUAACAGUGUAAAAUAUGGAAACAGGUGGCAGAGGCAAAACAACCUCUGUCAAGGAGCUGUGUAUGUAUUGUAAAAGGAAUAAAAAACACAAAUACCCAGGUGCCCAGCAAUUGUGUAGAUUAAUGCAAAAACUUUUACCUUUUGAUAGUCUUGUUUUUUUUUCUACAGCUUCUUUGUUUGUAUUUUUAAAUGAUUCUUUAGCUUUGAGAAUCAAAAACAACAAUACUUGUGGAUGCAUAAAUCAGACAUUGUAAAAUAAAUGUAAGAACCUUA